AUGAUUCGAGUCUUUCAAAGCACGGUUUUUUGCGCUCAAGAGUUUAAUUUGAUCGAUGCUGUCAGAAUUAGCCUGCUCGAGAAUUUUGAUCUUAUUUCCCAGUGGAGAACUUUCUUCUUGAAGAGAGAUAAGACUUUGGGCAGUGGAUGUAGCAUUCAAGACGAGUGUUGUGAGGGAUUCUUGAGUUCGGAUGUCCCCAGUAGCGGUGCAUCUGCGGAGGCAGUCUGUGAGACUAUCGAUAGGCUACGAUUGUUCGGCGGACUCAUGGCUAGUUUGAAAUCUGUAUGA